AUGAUUUUCCCCGCUGAUCCACCUGGUGAUGAAAUGACAGACAUCUUAUCAAGACUUCCUAUCGAAGAUCUCAUGAAAUUCAGGUCUGUUUGCAAAUCUUGGUCUAAUUUCAUUAGAGAUCCUUGUUUUAUUAACAUGCAUAUGAAUCAACGUUCAUUAUAUAAGGAAAGCUAUUUGAUCGGUAAAGAUAUCUUGGAUGUCACAAAAAAUGAGUGUUGCACUUUGUACUCCGAUGAAACAUUUGCCGAGCACAAGAAAUUAGAAUUUCCUUUGUGUGAAUCGACUAAAAGUUUUGAAGUUUUUGGUUGUUGCAAUGGUGUUCUCUUUCUUCUUUACCCUAUAACUCCUAGAUCUAGUAGCAAAAUGUAUUUUUGGAACCCAGCCACAAAAAUGAUCAAGAAUCUUUGUAGAUCCCCCGUGCAGCUUCCUGAUGUUUCUAAUCACCUAGUGUUUGGGUUUGCCUACGUUCCUCAAUUGGAUGAAUAUAAGGUGGUCAGAAUUUUGUAUCAUGAGGAAAGGAAUCUCACAGACCCCCCAACACUUCCGCCUAUUGUUGAAAUUUACUCAUUGAAAACAAAUUCUUGGACAAAAAUUGAGAUUGAACUCUCAUACUUUAUUACCAGUCAUAUGGCAAAGGCAUUUCUUGAUGGAUCUGCAUAUUGGCUUGCACGAAAGGCUAAUGAAUCUGACUACGAUGACUUCAUUGUGUCUUUCAAUAUGGCUGACCAUGUUUUUGAAGAAAUACCACUCCCAGUGUCUAGCUCUGAUGAUGGUGCAUUAACUGGAUCAUUAGCAGUCUUUUGUGAUUCAAUUUACCUAUUUGCACAUAAUUCACUGGAGUGGUGGCAUAUGGAUGAUGGGUGA